AUGCCGCCGCCCCGCCGCAAGAAGCCCCUUUCGCUAAGGAUUCGACAAUGGAUUCAUCGGCUUCGCACAUGGCGCUCGCCGUUAAACCUACGCGGCAGCCUGACAAGACUACGGGCAUUUGAGAGACACCCGGUCUGGGCUCUGGUACGCCUUUUUAUCCCGUUUCCUUCGUGGAAAUUCCCCGUGUCCGACGUUAUGCCGGCGGCGGAAAUGAUCGGAAACGAAGAAUUGCUUCUUCUUCGCCACGACAAUAUGAUCGACCUGGAGAGCAUACCGAUUUGGCGCGUUCGCGAUACCCCCUUGAGAUGUUUGUAUAGAAUGUACGAAGCUAUGGCAUCUGGUGUAUACGAGGUUUUAGGCACCGAAACUGAAUACUUUUGGUAUCAGAAGGGGUGGUCAUUACAGUCGAUCAGCGACCCCAGGGACGAAGAUCCCGUGCGCUAUGCCAUCAUCGCAUGUCUCGUUGAGGAACUUGUCGUUGCGUUUAAUUGGCGUCUAAGUCUAGGAAUGCGUCGGAACCGCAAGCACAUCAUCCGAAAGACGGAAGACGACCCGUGGCCCCCGUAUACACCGCUGAUAGGUCCUGCAUGGACGGGUUCUGUUCCGGCGCUCUCGGCCAGCGACUUGGACGGAUUACCCGGACGUUACAUAUUGGAAGGAAAACUCGUCUUAGAGGACGGCGGAUUGAAUAAAAUCUUCGCGCGCCGCAACAUCAUUACGAAUGUUGGCUGGCUUUAUACGAUCUGA